ACUACUAUGAGUCUUCGAAAAAAGUAGAAUCAAGUGGGCAGUCUUUAUUCAGUAGUAUUCUCUAUUUAUUACUGAUUGAAGUCAGUCCUUUUUCCGUGGUUAAUAAUGUUGAAAAAAAUCAGUGACGUGGGAUUGAUCUACGCACGAAAACAUGUCCUCCCUUCAGCAGGGUACUACUCCACCGUUUCAAAAAAGAAAAUUUAUAAUCACCAUGAUAUGAAAUUUCUUCCACAAAAAGAUAUGGAUGCUUUCAUGGCAUAUAUGCCAAAAUUCGUGGAAGAUGUAACAUCUUCAGAAGUUAUGUUAUAUCACCCACCAUGUAACCAAAGAAUGAAAAGAUUUCUGGAAUAUAUGCUUCCUGCAGGAAAACGUCUGCGCCAACAUGUAAUGAUUUUCACAUACAAAGCUAUUGAGGAACAUCAUGGGACAUUUUCACCGGAAAAGAUGCAGGAAAUGUACAAAUUAUGUUGGUGUCUGGAACUGUACAAUCAAGGGAACACGAUUAUGGAUGAUAUUAUAGAUGAUCAUGAGAAUAGGCGAGGCAAGCCUACUUGGUACCACAUGGAAGGAACGAAGGCGGCAGUUGGUGACAUGAUAGUGGUUUAUACCCUUGUAAAAAGAAUAAUGAAGAAAUACUUCCAACAUCAUCCUAAAUACCCUCAAUUGCUAGAGACUAUUUUCCCACUUGAGAUUCCACUUUCUUUAGUUUUAGAACUUGAAACGAAAAAUUUCGAUGAUUUCACGUUGGAGAGAUGUGACGAGAUUUCAGAAAUGAAAUGUGGAUAUUAUAUUUCAGUACAGCCUCUUUUGCUCACCACUUUACUCGCUAACAAGGAAUUCGAAUUGAAUGAGCAAGCGAAAAAAAUAUUUUUCUAUUUGGGAUAUUUAUAUCAUACUCAAAAUGAUUUGCUCGAUAUUUAUGGAGAAGAUUUGGCUGGCAAAAGCGGCAAAGAUAUUGGAGAUAACAGAAUUACCUACCUCAUAGCAAUGGCCCAACGAAAAGCAAGCGACUCCCAAAUGAAAAGGCUGAGAAAUAAUUAUGGAAAACGAGAUCCAGAAUGUAUUGCUGCAGUUAAAGAAAUAUAUGAUGAACUCGAUAUUUUAGGAGAAUACUAUAAGCAGGAAGAAGAGUAUUUAGAAAAAGUAUCUGAAGAAAUCCAGAAGAUACCACACGGAUUCUCGCGCACUCUGAUUGAGAAAAUUGCAUAUGUCCAGAGUUUUGGCUUGAUUGGGGUUCCUCCAUUCAAAUAACAAAAAUUCAAUUGUAAUUUUAUUUUAAAUCGAAAAAUAAACUGAACUAGGCUGAAGGACCUUAGGUCGAUGGCCAUUUGUUUGUUUACGGGUAAUAAAGAACUGUUACUACUACUAAA